AUGGACUCCAACCCACCACCCAACAUCUACAUCGUCGGCGCGCAGUAUAUAGGCAAGACGACACUUGUCAACAGCCUCCGCGCGCACUUUUACCGUUCCCACUUCCCCCACGACAGUAACAGUGACGACAACAAUAAAAACGGUAAUGGCAACGACGAUGAAAACAACAAUGAAAACAACACCACCAGCCCACCCCCUCACCCCCCAUCAUCAACCCCACCCCCAGCCAUCAUCAUCGAGCCUCGCCCUGCAGCGGCUGAUCCUGGAGGCACAGGCCGCGGCCGAGGAGCGGGCGCUUUUGGAGAGGACGACGAGGGCGAUGACGACAAGCACGACGGCGGGGGUGGAAGUGGAGACGGAGAUGAUGCAGCGCGCCGGCGGGGUGGUUCAUAUCGGAACCGGUCGGGGGCGGACCCGAUCGCGUACGCGCUGCGGUACGCCGGCGGGGAGGAAGCGCGACGGGCGCUGGCGGGGACGGCGGCGUGGGCGGGCCUGCGCGCGAGGAUGCGGCGGUCGCUGGUGGUGGUGUGCGAGGCCGGCGCGGCCACGGCGGCCGCGGGCUGGCUGUGCGAUGACGGCGUGCGCCUGAUGCCCGAGGACGUGGACGAGUGGGCUGGGUUUCACGCCGCCUUUUGUCGGAUGCUCGAGGCUGAGGCGGUGCCGUAUGUGGUGUUGGGGGGUUGGCGUGGGUGGGGCGGGAGGAGAGAGUGA